CCGCUCUGGAAAGCAUGAUACGAGUUGUUUUUAGGAAGAUCUGAAUAGAUUAAAACAGUGUGGUUCUCAGCCCUGCACCUCAGGCACUGCCCAUUUCGGAUGUGUUCAUACUGUGUUCUUACAGACCGUGGAGCAUCACUGCAGUAGAUGACCUGCCUCUGCUACUCAAUGAUGUAAGAGAAAGGAAGUCAAACACCUAACAUGGCUAAUCCAGCUCUGGAAACGAGGCACAGCUUAACCGAAUCAGAAGAGACGGAUCAGACACCUGAAGAGAGAAAGAACAGAGAUGGGAUACUAAAAGGGGGUGUGUCAGGCAGCAUGUGUGUGUGUCCCUGCGAAAAGCAGCGAUGGGUAUGUGUGUGUGUUUUAGAGAGAGAGAGCGCACUAAAACACACACGCGUGCGCAGCCACAGACAGAAUCGAAUCUGUUCCGCAGCAGGACGGGAGGCAGAAGGAUUACUCCUGUUUUAGACUCUUCAUCCAUGCGUCCCGGGAAACAGUGCAGAAUGUAAGUCAAAUGGAGACAACUUGGUGAUACUGUGAGGAGUAACAUCUUCAGAGGAGUGUCAGCAUGACCCCUCAGAGUGAAGCUCUACUGCUGGUGUUCAGUUUUUCACUGUGUGGUAGUCUGUGUGCUGUAUCUUUAAAUAGAAAUGAAAGAGCUCAGUUUUGGGCCAGCACGGACCCAGAGCCAGCUACCACCUCACCAUGGACAUCUCGAUCAACAAAAAAGGACACAACUGGUCCAACCGAUGUAUUACAUUCAGAGGAGACUAGCCGAGACCUUGACAUGGACCUUUCAGUUGAACAAAACCCCUAUGUCACAAUGCAGGAUCAUGGUUUGUCAAGGCUUCCACCCUCAGGAACACCACGGAUCAAAACUUUGACUUCCACUAAGACUGAACCUCCUUCAGAUAUGCAGAACGAUGAAGAGGGACCUUUAACAGAGACAUCUGAUAGGCCAAAUUUUAGUAAGCAAGGCAAAAUGGAACAGUCUUUUAAAUCUUCAUUGGCAACACUGCAGUAUUUUCCUUCUCAGGCCCGGAGUACUGAGUCCAAGACACCUAUUGAUUGGAAUACAGAGACAUAUACACCUCAGACUCCUGCUGAAACCAGAUUUAGCACCUACCAGGCACUGUGGAAGUCCUCUGGUGCUACUCAGACACCAUAUGCCAGAGGAACCUUAGAUGGUGCCACUUCCCCAAGAGGAGUGACAGACAAUCUGCAGCCAUCUGAGGAAACAAAGGAUUUGACAGAUGCUCCAACAGGUGGUCUGACAAAACCGACUCUCAAUAUGUCAAGUCCUGACCCUGAAAGAGAGGAGCAUGAGGGUGUUGACCAAGUGAAAAAGGAACAAAAUGGCCAAUCGACCACCACUGUGAUCAAGGUCACUGAAACCUUUCCUGAAGCAGCAUCUCCAGAUGAUGACUGGCGCAAAUCUUCCACACUUCCGGACUGCAGCCUGGUUGGCACUAGAAUCUGUCAGUUGCCUGACUCCUCAAGGAAUCACAUUUCAAGUAACAACACUCUGUCCACGCCACCACCUGUGUAUGAAACCACACCCCCUGGUGUAAUAACCCCACCCCUUGAAGCCCUGACUCCACCUCUACUGGUCCCUCUACUAACCGACUGGAAUGCUGCUAUGGCGACAUGGGGCCUGGCUUGGGAGUUGCAGGUUUAUGUACUCGGCUGCGUGUUCUCGCUCGUGGCUGUGCUGUCUGUGCUCAGCCUGAUGUGUUUGCCGUUGCGCUGGCCUUCUGGCUGUGCUCACUUUAGCCUUCUCCACCUUCUCCAACUACUAACGGGUUCGAGCAGAGCUCUGUGGCUCCUCUACGAUCCAUACGGACAAAAAGAGCGCCUACCCAUAGCUUGGGCACGACUGCUGCAUGAAGCUGCCUAUCCUUGUAUUACGGCAUCAUUUGGUCUGCUGCUUCUACUGCUAACUGCUCGCUCUUGUACCCAGCUACUUUCCCAGAACACCCUGCAGCGCAGUACCUGCCUGUUGGCUGCCCUAGUACUGCUGCACAUAGCCAUAGUGAUGGCUUCCAUGGCAAUACUGCAACUCUUUCCCACUCUGCAAGUUGUGCCUCUACUACCGCCUGCAGCCUUUGUGUUGAUGUCGUCCGUCUUGUCAUUCACAUAUCUGCUUCUUUACUGCUGCGCCCGUGCUGAUGUCAAGCACAUUUAUCGGCUAAAUGAGAGCUCUCCUGAGCGGCCAUCGUGCCAUGCCAGCAGGUGUCCCUUCACAGAGGCACGGAUGUGGGAAAGAGCGGCCAGGACAGGUGUGUUCUCUGCCCUGUUUCUGCUAGCAUGUGGUGGUCUUCGACUCUAUGCCAUGCUUAAUGCAGGAGGGCUCACCGGGGGAGUCAUGGUUGGACUGAUGCCCUGGCCCUGGUGGGGCUUUCAGCUCAGCUGCCGAGUGUGUGAAACAGGAGUAUGCCUCAGCCUCGCUCUUGUAAUCACUCACCCCCUACUCUGUUGCGGUGUGCCCCUUUCCAAACCAGGAGGCUGCACCUGGCUCUUCAAAAAGCCACCCACAGAAGGUGCCACACUGGCCAAGCCCACCAUUCUCUCGAGUCGGUGUGGCUGGUCACUACGGCCCACCGAGAAGCUGGGGUUGUGUGAGGGAAUAGCACGGCGGGAAAGCGAAAGCGUACCGCUCUACACCUUGGUGGAGCUUCCGCACAGCGAAUCUGAUGGCUUGGACCUCCACUAUCCGGGCAGCCCUCAACACGAAUCUUGCACACAGCUCUCCCAAACGACAAAGAAGAGCAAAGUAUCCCAUGCCUCCUCCUUUGCAAGCUUUGACGCUGACUCCACGGCAGAUCUGCGGCCACCUUCGCCAAUCGACCUGCGACGAAGCAUCGACGAGGCGUUGAACAGCGAGGCUCUGUUCCAGCAUAGCCUGUUCGGCUCCUCCAGGCUCUCUCUCAGCACACGCGGACCCCCAGACGGACAACCCUGUCGGGGAAACUCCACCGAACCCAGCCUAUAUCGCACAGCCUCCUGUGGAGAUGUGGACCCUGUUAUCGUACCCAGCCGGCCCAGGCAAUGGAGCACUAUAUCUGGGAGACCAGCUCAAGUUUCGGUCCACUCAACACAACAGUCCCAGAGCAGCCUACACAGGGGCUCUCAGUCCGGGCAGCAACUCCACAGACGGUACACAACCUUAGGCUCUACAUCCUCCAGAGGGAGUGCGGAUGUGGAGACAACUCCCCAUGUUGAUGAGCUUGCCGUUCAGGCUGAAUUCAUCAACGUCUGCAGGCAGAUAGAUGCACUCAGUAUCAGUAGUGAUACUAUUGAUCUAUAGGGGAAGAAAUCUUUAUUGAACUACAGACUGUGCUGUACUUACCUACAGAAUUAACCUUAACAUUUUCCAGUUUAAAGUUUAACCCAGGGGUAAAAUCCUCCUCUUGGAGGACCACCUUCCUGCACCCUGAUAUACCUCCUUGGAAGUGAUCCUGAAGACCUUGUUUAGCUUGUUCAGGUGUGUUUAAUUAGGGCAAGAUCUAAACCAGAGGUUCUCAACUCUGUCCCUCCAGGUCCACUUUUCUGCAGAGCUUAGCUCCAACCUUGCCUGUAACUUUAGGGCAGGGGUACCCAGACUCAGUCCUCGAGGGCCGGUGUCCUGCAGAGUUUAGCUCCAACUUGCCUCAACACACUUGCCAGGAAGUUUCUAGUAUACCUAGUAAGCACCUGAUUAGCUUGUUCAUAUGUGUCUAAAUGGGGUUGGAGCUAAAUUCUGCAGGACACCGGCCCUCUAGGACUGAGUUUGGGCACCUUGCUUUAGGGGCUUUCGCAUGGCAUAGUUCUAGAAACUCUGAGAACCAAUUUCCCCCUCAGGCCAUUUUCCUGGUUGUAUACGCACCGGCAGCAGGACCUCUGAAGUGGCUGACUGCGACGUCUUUAUGCACAGCAUUUACAAACGAUAACAACUGGUGAAUGGAGGACACUAUGUUCAGAGUUGUUUUUAUUGUGGGUUUUGUGAUAUCGGUGAUGGAAUUUAAACGCACAAUUUACUCGAUUAAAAGAGCAUGACAAUCUGACUGAAUAUGACGACUUGCAGUGUUACAUAUCAUCAAGGUUGAGAAAAGAACACAAUGCUGCAAACAACAGGUAAAUGACAUUAUCGCUGCUUUCAGUGUUCGUGGAGUAAGUAUCUUUACACUGCUUUUUAAAAAUGCCAGAUAGCCGGUGUUUCAUAUGCAUUUAGCCAAUCAUUAGCUUUUUUUAAUUAGCUUGUUCAGGUGUGUUUGAUUAGGGUUGGAGAUAAACUCUGCAGGAAAGUGGACCUCGAGGGCCAGAUUUGAGAACCCCAGAUCUAAAUGGUGUUGGAAGGUGGCCAUGCAAAAGCAGGAUUGGACACUCCUGGUCAAAC